CUCUAAUGCAUCAAUCAGUGACCCCCCUAAAUAUUCAUUGCCUCAUAAACACACAAUUUCUCUGCAACUUUUAAUAUCUUUGUGGCCAGAAGAAAGAAGUUUCGCCUCGUAACCUCGCCGGCGAGAGAUCCGUUUUUUCUUCUGAGAGAUUGGCCAUGGCUUCGAAGCGGAUCUUGAAGGAGCUGAAGGAUCUUCAGAGGGAUCCUCCUACCUCUUGCAGCGCUGGUCCUGUAGCUGAGGACAUGUUCCACUGGCAAGCAACAAUCAUGGGUCCCCCAGAUAGUCCAUAUGCUGGCGGUGUUUUCCUUGUUGCCAUUCAUUUUCCUCCCGACUAUCCUUUCAAGCCUCCUAAGGUUGCUUUUAGGACAAAAGUUUUCCACCCAAAUAUUAACAGCAAUGGAAGUAUAUGCCUCGACAUAUUGAAGGAACAGUGGAGCCCUGCACUGACUAUUUCCAAGGUUCAUUCCUCUUUUCGCCAUAGUAACAAAAGUCCUAAAGUUUUCAAUAAGUCAACUCUAAUACGAUAUUUUCAAGACAUUAUAACUCAAUAUUUACCGUAAAUUGGAGGCACAUCUUUUCAAACUCUUUUUGUUGAUAAAGUGAUUUGGCAGCAUUCCUCCGUUAUUUAAAUUAAAACUACAAUACAUCUAAUUUUCUGUAUAUUAUUAGUUAUAACAGAAUUCUUUGGAGUUGUCUAUUUUUGAUUUUGUCCAGGAGUAUAAUACUCCAUAAAAUAUAAAUAUGUUUAUAUUGAUAGAUUUCUGAAUAAAUCGUGUACAAUAUCUUGCAGUCAAGUUUUGUUAUGUUACUAAGAAUGUGCCCAAGCAGUCCCUGAUACCUGCAUUAUGAGUUCUGAAGUCUAAACUGAACUAAUUCAACUGGGGUCACACUUUGACAUAUAGUCUCUAUAAAAAAUGGAUCCUUUCAUGUCAAUUUAUUGUUUCGAAUUAGGGCAUCCACAUCUCUUAACAUUCAUUCAAUCACAAUUUACACUCUCUCAUCCACAUCAUCUCCAAAACAUCUUUCCACUAAAUAUCUCUCCAUUUAAACACACACCCACAUUCAAUCAUUCAUUUAAAUACAAACAUAUGGGACCCAUUCUCCACACAUUCAAUACUAUUUUUAUAUUCUAUUCUUAAUAAAAAUAAAUAUAUUUUCUUAAUUAGAAUACUUAAUUUUAAAUGUUGAAAUUACACUCAAUAUUAUUAGAUUAAGAAAAAUAUAAAUUAAGAUUACAAAUGAAAAAUAGUAGAACAGGAAAAAAUAACUUUUAGUUGGAAGAAAAAUGAGUCCAAAUAUGUCCAACUAAGUCUGUACGAAGUUGGUGAUGCAUUGUAUUGUCUCGUAUCUCUGAACUUCUACGAAUAUAAUCUUCAAAUUCACCAUUUGAGUCCUGGACAAGUUGAAUUGAGGUGUAUUUAUUGGCAUAAAAAAGAAUGGAGGGAUAUAAAAUGUAAUUAUUGAUACAUAUUGAAAAAUCUGAUAUAAAUAAAAUUUGAAUUUAUCAAUAUUGAAAAGUGUGAUAUAGAUAAAAAAUAGAUUAUUAUAAAAGAAAAGAAAAUAAUAUAAAAUAAAAAUUGAUUUAAAACAAAAAAAAAGCAGCUAAACGCGUUCAGCUGCUUGAACGCACAAGGAGGACCCACUAUUUAAUGGAUGGCUACAUCCCUAUUAAACGCCACUUGCCAUUUAAAUGGGGUAAACAAACGCCCCACUGCUGAUGCUCUUAUACAUGAUAACUUCUUCCAAAUCCUAUUUUCCCAGGUGUUGCUUUCUAUAUGUUCUUUACUGACGGACCCGAACCCUGACGACCCAUUGGUACCCGAGAUUGCCCAUAUGUACAAAACUGACCGGUCCAAGUACGAGACUACUGCAAGAAGCUGGACUCAAAAGUAUGCUAUGGGCUAAUCUUGGGUUAGUCUUGUAAGAAGGUUAUGAGGCAGUUGGUGUUCUUAUACUAUAUUUGCUUCAAUACGGCCGCAUUUUAUGCAAGAAAGUCUUAACCUGUUUGUGGAAGUCUUUAAUCUGGACAAAAAUAGAGGGUGAAAGGUUAUCUUGUGUUACGACUCCUGUAACGUUUGUAGUUAUAUGUUUGAAUUGUUUUAUGCAAUUUUUAUUUUUUUUAA